AAUGCAUCCGUAGAUCACAAGACCCCUAGAAGUGGAUCCAGGGAACACGUUAAGCUGAGAAACGGAUCUGUGGAUCACAAGAUGGACGGAAACAAACCUCUGGAUCACCUAAUACCAAAUAAUUGCUCACUGGAUCACGGGAAGCUCCAAACAAAAAUCGGAUCAUCGGAUCACAAGACGCUGAAAAGUAGCUUUACGGAUCACCCGAGGGUGACAACCGGAUUCACGAGUUAUGGGGUGUCAGAGAAAGCAUCAAUGGAUCAACUGACUAUGGACAACGGAUCGGUGAAUGACCUGAGGAUCGAGAAUGGACUGAUCGUAACUGACAAAUCCGUCGUGGAAGUCAUUCGAGAGACUGCAUGUCGGCCGGGGCAAGAAGAUCCCUUCUACAUUUUAGACUUGGGAGACAUCAUACAAAAGGUAGAAGUUUGGCGUGAUCUGAUGCCGAGGGUCAAAAUUUUCUACGCUGUGAAAUGCAACGACAACAAAACAUUACUGGAAACGAUGGCGGUCCUUGGAACCGGAUUUGACUGUGCUUCAAAGAAGGAGAUAAGGCAAGUGCUGAGUUUAGGCGUCAAUCCCUCCCGCAUCAUUUACGCGCACCCGUGCAAGUCUGAAAACGAACUCAGGUACGCUUCGAAGCUCAACGUACCCCUGAUGACCUUCGACAGCCGCGAGGAGCUGGUGCAGGUGGAGAAAUGUUACCCAAAGGCAGAGCUGGUGCUCAGAAUCCAAUGUGAUGCUCUCAAAGCCACUUACAAAUUUGGUAGCAAAUACGGAGCAUCCAUGGAGUAUACUGAGGAGCUCCUAGGCAUGGCCAAGGAUCUCGGGCUGGAUGUUGUGGGCGUGUCCUUCCACGUCGGUUCGGGAUGUCAGGAACUAGAUGUCUACAGUAGAGCCAUUGCUGAGGCUAAAAAGAUAUUCAACAAAGCUGAAGCCCUGGGGAUGAGACUGACCCUUCUGGAUAUCGGUGGUGGGUUUCCAGGGAGAAUCAGCGAUGGAAUGGAGAAAUUCGCUUCAGUCAUCAAUUCCGCUUUGGAUGAAUACUUUCCUCCACAGGACUACAAUGACCUAAAGAUAAUAGGAGAACCAGGCAGAUACAUCUCCACAUCAGCAUUUACCCUUGCCACGAGCAUCAAGGCCAAGAAAACUGUGGUGGAAGAUGGUCAAGUUGUUAAAAUGUACUACAUCAACGACGGCAUUUACUGCUCCUUUUCCGCCAACCUUUUCGAGGGAGAAAUUUACUCUCCUGUUGUCAUGAACAAGUUAACCGAAGAGGACACGGAGCAAAGAAGCGUGAUCUGGGGACCUUCCUGCUGCUCUUGUGACAUUCUGAAGAAAAACAUUUGUCUUCCCAAUCUGGAGCGCAGCGAUUGGCUCUACUGGCCUGACAUGGGGGCAUACACCCUGACCAACGCGUCACCAUUCAAUGGAUUCCCACCUCCUUUGGUUCAUGCUAUGGUAUCACCAGAAGCCUGGUCACAUUUGCGAGAACUUUCUGAGGACACCAAAAUUGGAAUCAAUCGUGAUGAUGGCUACUUGGAAAAGGGAAUGGCACAAACGGAUUGA